UAAGCACUGGGGAUACGGAGAUGACACAGCCCUUGCCUCUUUUUUUUUUUUUUUUUUUUUUGAGACGAGUCUUGCCCUGUCGUCCAGGCUAGAGUACAGUAGUAUGAUCUUGGCUCACCGCAACCUCUGCCUCCCAGGUUCAAGUGAUUCUCCUGCCUCAGCCUCCUGAGUAGCUGAAACUACAGGGGCAUACCACCACACCUGGCUAAUUUUUGUAUUUUUAGUAGAGAUAGGGUUUCACUGUGUUGGCCCGGCUGGUCUUGAACUCCUGACCUCAGGUGAUCCACCCAUCUUGGUCUCCCAAAGUGCUGAGAUUAUAGGCGUGAGCCACUGCGCCCAGCUACAGUCCUCGCCUUAUAAGUUGAUGUGUAGUGGAUGCGCUGUGCCACUCUGCCUUUUUUGCUUAUACCCAAUUUCGGAUGGAAAAUAGCUCACCUGCUAGUUCUCUGUAACGGAUGUGUUGUGUCCUUUCUGUCAACUCGUCAUUGUUUUCUUAGCUUUGAGCAGCUGACUUGUUUCCAAUUUUUGCUGUUAUAAAUAUUGCAGUGAUGAACAUUUUGUCCAAGCUAUUUUUUCUUUGAGUUUUUUUGCUUGGGGCAUGUUCCCCAGAGUGGGACUUAAGGGUCAGAGGUUGGUAACUGUUAUCUGCCUUGUUCUGUAUUUUCAGAUUUUUCCAUGAAGCCUAUUAGCAAUGUUAGAGUACAUUUCUGUUUUCCUGUAGCCCCACCAAAACUGGCAUUGUCAUAUUAAUUUUCCUUAUUUUACAAGUUAUUUCCAUAUUUUAAAGGAAGUUGUGCUUUUUCUUCCUGCAUGGGAAUUUGUUGCAUUAUAUUUAGCUAGGUUACAUUGCAGUAACAAGCAAACCCCAAGUCUCAGAGACUUAACCUAACACAAAUGUCUUUCUCACUUGAUCUGUGUGUCCCUUGUAGGAUGGCUGGGGGUGCGGUUCCACAGAGUCCCUCAGGCCAGGCUGAUUCAGGAGACAGCACUCUCUGAGAGCUGCCACUCGAGGCCUGCUCAGUGGACAACACAGUAGACAGGAGAGGCUGGGGGCUUUGUGUGGACUUUUCACUACUGAUGUGGCCAGGACUACCAACACAGUCUGGCUUAGCAGGUAGAACUUAGUGAGCAUUCCUGUCUCUGCCCAGCCAUCUCCUCUUCUGUUUGUUCCUCUCCAGCAACUUCUUUGUCCAGUGGAAUUGGAUCCUCUGUCUUCAUAUCGGCUCUUAAUGUAUUUUAGGUUUGUCUACAGAUUUUGAGCGUUCGAAGUUGACCCCUGACUAAGUAUACUUUGCUGCUUCCUCAGCCUUUGAAGAAAUGUCUGUCACAUAUGAUGAUUCCGUUGGAGUAGAAGUGUCCAGCGACAGCUUCUGGGAGGUUGGGAACUACAAGCGGACUGUGAAGCGGAUCGACGAUGGCCACCGCCUGUGCAGCGACCUCAUGAACUGCCUGCAUGAGCGGGCACGCAUCGAGAAGGCGUAUGCGCAGCAGCUCACUGAGUGGGCCCGGCGCUGGAGGCAGCUCGUGGAGAAGGGGCCCCAGUACGGGACCGUGGAGAAGGCCUGGAUGGCCUUCAUGUCCGAGGCAGAGAGGGUGAGCGAGCUGCACCUCGAGGUGAAGGCCUCACUGAUGAACGAUGACUUCGAGAAGAUCAAGAACUGGCAGAAGGAAGCCUUUCACAAGCAGAUGAUGGGCGGCUUCAAGGAGACCAAGGAAGCUGAGGACGGCUUUCGGAAGGCACAGAAGCCCUGGGCCAAGAAGCUGAAAGAGGUAGAAGCAGCAAAGAAAGCCCACCAUGCAGCGUGCAAAGAGGAGAAGCUGGCUAUCUCACGAGAAGCCAACAGCAAGGCAGACCCAUCCCUCAACCCUGAACAGCUCAAGAAAUUGCAAGACAAAAUAGAAAAGUGCAAGCAAGAUGUUCUUAAGACCAAAGAGAAGUAUGAGAAGUCCCUGAAGGAACUCGACCAGGGCACACCCCAGUACAUGGAGAACAUGGAGCAGGUGUUUGAGCAGUGCCAGCAGUUCGAGGAGAAACGCCUUCACUUCUUCCGGGAGGUUCUGCUGGAGGUUCAGAAGCACCUAGACCUGUCCAAUGUGGCUGGCUACAAAGCCAUUUACCAUGACCUGGAGCAGAGCAUCAGAGUGGCUGAUGCAGUGGAGGACCUGAGGUGGUUCCGAGCCAAUCACGGGCCGGGCAUGGCCAUGAACUGGCCGCAGUUUGAGGAGUGGUCCGCAGACCUGAAUCGAACCCUCAGCCGGAGAGAGAAGAAGAAGGCCACUGACGGCGUCACCCUGACGGGCAUCAACCAGACAGGCGACCAGUCUCUGCCGAGUAAGCCCAGCAGCACCCUUAAUGUCCCGAGCAACCCCGCCCAGUCUGCGCAGUCACAGUCCAGCUACAACCCCUUCGAGGAUGAGGACGACACGGGCAGCACCGUCAGUGAGAAGGAGGACACUAAGGCCAAAAAUGUGAGCAGCUACGAGAAGACUCAGAGCUAUCCCACCGACUGGUCAGACGAUGAGUCUAACAACCCCUUCUCCUCCACGGAUGCCAAUGGGGACUCGAAUCCAUUCGACGACGACGUCACCUCGGGGACGGAAGUGCGAGUCCGGGCCCUGUAUGACUAUGAGGGGCAGGAGCAUGAUGAGCUGAGCUUCAAGGCUGGGGAUGAGCUGACCAAGAUGGAGGACGAGGAUGAGCAGGGCUGGUGCAAGGGACGCUUGGACAACGGGCAAGUUGGCCUAUACCCAGCAAAUUAUGUGGAGGCGAUCCAGUGAUGAGUCGGGGACAGGCCAGCGGGGGGACGGAGGCGGCGGGCCCAGGAGCCUCAGCCAGCCACGUGGGCAUCCACUCCUUUUCCUGCAAGAGAUGAUGGUUCCAUUGCUCUUGGCUUCAUGGUGUUCCUGGAAGGCAGAUGAGCUGGUCAUUUCGCCUGGGACCCGGCACCUUUCCAAGUGCAGCUGGAGGGAUCUGAGCGCAGGAAGACGCAGAACAACAGAAAUAGCCGCCCCUCCCCGCCCACUGUGCCUGUUGGCCUAUCAUAGAUCUCUAUGUUCUUGACUUUGUCUCUCCUUUCUGAGUCAAUGGUGGGUUACACUGAUCUUGUUCCACUGAUUACUCUCUCUGACAAGUCCAUCACCUGCAACUUAAAUGAACAAGCUUACAUCCCAUUUUGAGUGAAGAUUUUGAGGUUUUUAAUUUAAAGGCUGUGUACAGUUAUACUUUUUUAUACACCUGUUCAUUUCUACUUAAAUUAUGGCACAGAUUGAUGCGCACCAGUCUUGAGGAAACGAUCUCCCUAUUCCCUUGCCCUGUUACUCAGCCACGCCGUGUGUAGGCUUAGCCUCAGGUGGCAGAUGUUUGAGGAAAGGAAUUAUGCCAGGAAGGUGGGACCGGGUUAUGGUCGGGUUUCUAUUGGGAAUGCUCUUUGUGCUUUUGGGCAUCUGAAUGGAAGCUUUACAUAGAACCUUAGGUAGAACUCCCCCAAAUCUCCAUAUUUAAAAAUUAUUUUCACUCUAUUCUUGCUUAAAACUGUACUCUUUUGCAAAUUAACAAUUUUAUCACUGAUUCAGAGUUAAAAAGAAGACUAACUUUUCAAGCAAAUGCAUCUGUAAAGAUGCUUUAGAUUAGAUUGUCAUGUCUCAGUGUCUAUCUGUAUAUAUUAUUUGAUAUUCAGAGAAUCUAAAGCACUCGUCUACUGUUUUAAUGAGAUUUAACAGCUUUUAACAGUGAGUUUCGUUUGUAAACUGCUUGAAGUCUGUGGCAUUCAGGCACACGUCUGGCUGGCCGGCUGGGUCUCCUCCCGGGCUCAGUGGGCCUGGGGCCUCUCUGACGUGGUGCCUGCUGGAGGGAGGCUCGUCGUCACCAGCUGACUGCUGGUCCGGCUUCUGACCGGCCUUUGUCCUGGCUCCGUAGCAGAACACUGUAAAAGUGCCCGCGUCUUUGCAGUAGUUGCAGAUUUCAGUCGUCGUGUUACUUGUGCACAAACAGAAGCUGGGUCUUACCCGCAGCACGAGUGUCUCGGGCUGCCCGGAGUCGCCCGGGAGCAGGUGCUGCAGCCAGAGUUACGCGGGGGCCACGCGGGCCGGCGGGGGUGGGGGGAACGUGGGGGAACCUGUGUUUCAUGUGGCUCAGCAGUGCCCGCCGCCGUCACCAGCUAUGCAUUCACUCCGUUUCCAGUGAGCAGAUGUCUUGCUUGGAAAGUGGACCUGUGUCUGUGUCUGUCCUGAGAACUUACCAGCAGAAAUCCUCAUUUCUGUGCUACGGAUUUACCAAAAAUUGUCAAGUCUUUUUCAGUUUAACAGUUCCUUUAAAUGUGUAGUAUUUGAGGAAAAAAAUCAAUAAACAGUUGAUCUCGUGCA